GUUGUCACCGGAAGUCAAGGACAUCGCGACCUCUGACGAAUAAGUUAGGAAACAUCUUUCACGCUGGUUGAAGAACAUCACCUUUUAAGAUGCUUGCCUCGUCUAUCAUAAAGUAUUUGCCCAUUUUAAGAUCUGGAACUGGAGGGCAUGUCUAUCGAUGUUUCGCAGUGUCUCAAAGUAGAAACUACUCCUCCACACCCGACAAUGACCUGGUAGUAAUAGGCUCUGGACCUGGUGGAUAUGUGGCUGCUAUCAAGGCUGCACAGCUUGGAAUGAAAACAGUAUGUGUGGAGAAAAAUGAAACCCUUGGGGGCACCUGUCUCAAUGUGGGAUGUAUUCCAUCCAAGGCUUUGCUCAACAACUCACAUUUCUAUCAUAUGGCCAAAGGAAAGGAUCUCAAUGAUAGGGGAAUUGUUUUCGACAAUGUGACAUUAGAUUUAGAAAAGAUGAUGGGCCAGAAAGUCAAGGCAGUGUCCGCUCUGACGGGAGGAAUUGCUCAUCUCUUCAAACAAAACAAAGUAACACAUGCUAAAGGAUUUGGUAGGAUAUCGGGUCCCAACGAGGUCACAGUAGUGAAGGAUGAUGGUACAGAAGAAAAGAUCUCCACAAAGAAUAUAUUGAUAGCUACAGGAUCCGAAGUAACACCUUUUCCUGGUAUUGACAUUGAUGAAGAAACUGUUGUUUCAUCCACCGGAGCGUUAUCCUUGAAUAAGGUCCCUGAGAAGAUGGUGGUGAUUGGAGCUGGGGUCAUUGGUGUAGAACUAGGCUCUGUGUGGCAGAGACUUGGAGCACAGGUUACCUGCAUUGAAUUUCUUGGCCACGUCGGAGGAAUGGGUAUAGACAUGGAAAUAUCAAAGAACUUUCAGCGUAUUCUACAAAAACAAGGUUUGAAAUUCAAACUGGGCACAAAAGUGACAGCAGCUACCAAAGAAAGCGACAACAUUAAAGUGGCUAUAGAAAAUGUAAAAUCGGGAAAAACAGAAGAGGUAGAUUGUGAUACGUUACUUGUGUGUAUUGGACGACGUCCUUACACAAAUAACCUCGGUUUGGAUACCGUCGGACUCCAACUGGACAACCGUGGACGAGUGCAGGUUAACACUAGAUUUCAGACAGAUGUUCCAAGUAUAUUUGCCAUUGGAGAUUGUAUUCAUGGUCCAAUGUUGGCUCAUAAGGCUGAAGAUGAAGGUAUAAUCUGCGUGGAAGGUAUCAAUGGAGGAGCAGUACACAUCGACUACAACUGUGUUCCGUCAGUCAUCUACACUCACCCUGAGGUCGCCUGGGUCGGCAAGACUGAGGAACAGUUAAAGGAGGAGGGAGUAAACUACAAGGUAGGGAAGUUCCCUCUGGCAGCUAACAGCAGAGCAAAGACAAAUGCUGAUGCUGAGGGUCUUGUGAAAGUUGUUGCAGACAAAGAGACAGACAGACUGCUGGGAGUUCACUUUAUAGGAUCUGUUGCUGGAGAAUUAAUCAACGAGGCUGUAUUAGCUAUGGAAUAUGGAGCUUCGUGUGAGGAUAUUGCACGUGUUUGCCAUGCCCAUCCGACGGUAGCAGAAGCCUUAAGAGAGGCUAACUUAGCAGCAUACGCAGGAAAGGCCAUCAACUUCUGAUGAGUGAGAACAUUUAAUAAAACCAGUGAAUUGUGAAUGAAUUUGCCAUCCCAAAAACAUUGUGGCCUGUGAAGAAAUGACAGCUGAUUAAAGAUGCAUGUGGAACUAUUGUAACAACUCUUCAGUGUGUGAGGAGUUAGCUAGACCAGUUACAUAAAUACAGCCUUUAUAAUAAACCCACUUAUUUUAUAGAGAUGAAUGUUAAGUCCUGAAUCUUUACAAUUUCAUUUUGAUUGUGAUAAAAUCUUACUCUGUGAAAUAUUGAAGAUGUUAUGCAAAUAUUGAAGCAUAUUGAGUGUUUCCAUACUGGUAAUUUAUUUCUCUGCCAAAUCUAAAAUAAGUUUCAGUGAUUAUAGUCCUAAAGUAUUGCUGGGUAUAGGGGCGAUUUAAGACUUCUCCAAGAUCUGAUAAACUUACCGGGUACUAGUGCUAUUUGUAGAGAUGCGAGUGAGUGAUCUUUCCUUAAGUUAUAUAUAUAUAUCCUGUACAAAGUCGAUAUUGUACAGGUUAAUGUUUAUGUGUAAUAUGUACAGAGAAAAAGAUUAAAUAAUAUUGAUUUUAA